UCACGCGGCCGUGGUGGGGCUCGAGCUGCGCAGGCGCGGGCCCAGCCACCCCGGGGACCCUCGGGUCGGGGGCGUUGGUCCCCAGUGAGCGGGACAAAGCGGGCGGCACUGGGGGUGGACGUGCAGAUCGUGCUGCGCCCAGGGGCUCGGAGGAGCACAGGGCCCGCCGCCGUGCAGAUUGCCUAUUGGUAGCUGAAGGAGCCCAAGGGUUCCUGGGUGGCCUGGUCCUGCCCAGGGAGUAACUGAGCUUAGGGGCAUAGGCGGGCCUCCAGAGCCCCACCUCCAGCCUUUCUCUGCUGCCUGCACUCCGUGGGUCAGUCGCAGCUGUCAGUUGGAGCACAAGUGUGCACCUGGUGGACGGUGACAGAUUGACUGCUGUCCCUGUGGAAGAGGGACAGAGAGGGCGGGGAAGAGAAGGGACAUCUGGUGUAUGAAUGUCUUUCCUCCCGGAGCUGGGCUUCUUCACCAUGGGGAUGUGGUCCAUCGGUGCAGGAGCCCUGGGGGCUGCGGCUGUGGCACUGCUGCUGGCCAACACAGAUGUGUUCCUGUCCAAGUCCCAGAAGGCCUCCCUGGAGUACCUGGAAGAUGCAGACCUGAAAACCAUACUGAAGGAACCGAGGACUUUCAAAGCAAAGGAGCUGUGGGAGAAGAAGGGAGCCGUGAUCAUGGCUGUGCGGCGGCCGGGCUGCUUCCUCUGCCGAGAGGAGGCUGCAGACCUAUCUUCCCUGAAGCCCAGGUUGGAUGAGUUGGGCGUGCCCCUGUACGCGGUGGUGAAGGAGAAUAUCAAGAGUGAGGUGAAGGACUUCCAGCCUUACUUCAAAGGAGAUGUCUUCCUGGAUGAAAAGAAAAGGUUCUAUGGUCCACAAAAGCGGAAGAUGAUGUUUAUGGGGUUUUUGCGUCUGGGAGUGUGGCAUAACUUCUUCCGGGCUUGGAAUGGAGGCUUCUCUGGAAAUCUGGAAGGUGAAGGCUUCAUCCUUGGAGGAGUCUUUGUGAUUGGAUCGGGAAAGCAGGGCAUUCUCCUCGAGCACAAAGAGAAGGAAUUUGGAGACAAAGUAAACCUAUCUUCUGUGCUGGAAGCAGCCAGGAAGAUCAGAUCACAGGCUUCCGCCUCAGAGCACAAGUGAUCCCAUGAAGGUGCCUGGCCCAGGGAUGGCUGUGGGGACACCCCAGCUCCUGGGACAUGCUGUGUGUGCACAUGUGUCCCUCACUGCCACCGCCUUCACACUAUGAUUAUUGAUGUGUUUUUAUAUUGUUGUGUUCUAUUGAGACCCUGUAAGGCAAUAUAGCUUCGAAACAAUACUGACAGAAACCUAAGAUGAGUGAGGGAUAUUUCAGCUUAAAUCUAGGGAAUACGAGGCUUGCAGGUGAUUGCUGAACCUUCUUAACAA